AUGACCUGGGAGCGUCAUCCGGUCCCCGUUUUGGGCGAGGGCUCUGUGUGCUCUUUGAAUCUGAAGAUUAGUCCCGUCAGGCAGCUGGAAUCCGUCAAUUUCUCUCUAAACCGGUCUGUCUGCUCCCACAUCUCUGCCAGUACAUCCUUCGCGUCCGCCUUCCACUCUUCCAGCUCUGCUAUGCGCGUCUGGGCUUCGGCGAUUCUGUCAGGAUGUCUGAUCACAGAGGAAGGCUGUGCUUCUCUGGCCUCAGCUCUGAGCUCCAACCCCUCCCAUCUGAGAGAGCUGGACCUGAGCUACAAUCAUCCAGGAGACUCAGGAGAGAAGCUUCUGUCUGCUGGACUGGAGGAUCCACACUGGAGACUGGACACUCUCUGGGUGGACCAUGGUGGAGAGCACAGGUUAAAACCUGGUCUGAAGAAGUAUUUCUGUGAACUCACACUGGACACAAACACAGUAAACUAUUACCUCAAACUGUCUGAUAACAACAGGAAGGUGACACGUGUGGAGGAGGAUCAGUCAUAUCCUGAUCAUCCAGACAGAUUUGACACCUGGUCUCAGCUGCUGUGUAGUAAUGUUCUGACUGGUCGCUGUUACUGGGAGGUCGAGUGGAGAGGAAGAGUUGAUAUAUCAGUGAGUUACAGAAGAAUCAACAGGAGAGGAAACAGUGAUGACUGUUGGUUUGGAUACAACGAUCAGUCCUGGAGUCUGAGAUGCUAUGAUGGUCGUUACUCUGUCUGGCACAAUAAGAGAGAAACAUCCAUCUCCUCCUCCUCCUCCUCCUCCUCCUCCUCCUCCUCCUCCUCCUCUUCCUCCUCCUCCUCCUCCUCCUCCUCUGUCUCUAACAGAGUAGCAGUGUAUGUGGACUGUCCUGCUGGCACUCUGUCCUUCUACAGAGUCUCCUCUGACACACUGAUCCACCUCCACACCUUCAACACCACAUUCACUGAACCUCUGUAUCCUGGGUUUGGGUUCGACUCUGGUUCCUCAGUGUCUCUGUGUCCUCUGUCUGAGUGAGAGUCUCCUCUUGUGUGUUUAGAUGUAAAUAAAUAACUUUCAGAAGUUUGAGUAACAUUAUUUUCAUUGCCGGUUAAACAC